CCUCGGAUAUUGGGCCUGACAGCUUCUCUUAUCAAUGAUAAAACACCACCAAAUCAGUUGGAAGCAAAACUUUCCAAGUUGGAGUGCGUAUUGAACAGUGCUAUCGAAACAGCCUCGGAUCUCGUGGCGAUAUCCAAAUACGGUGCUAAGCCUAAUGAGUAUGUUGUCAUUUCAAUGGAUUACAACCCUCAGGAUAGCUGUGGAGGAGAAAUUUUGCAUUUUCAGGAAGAUUGGCGAAAAUUCUGCUCGUCGACUCAAGAGUUCGAUCCAAACUUCGACAUCGAUCCUCGAAAACCCAUUCAAGAAGCGCUCAAUAGAACUCUGGCGGUACUUCGUCAGGUCGGACCAUGGGCUGCUUGGAAAGUUUCUCAAAUGUGGGAGAAAGAAUUGCACAAACUGACAAAGCAGACUUUCCUUCAAGAGAAGACCGUGGACUUUUUGAUUAUGGGAGAGACCUGUAUGACAACUGUUCGGAAAAUGCUCGAGCCUAAGAUGAAGCCGAUCAGAACUCUUGAAGGAUUGAAGCCUUACCUGCCGAACAAGGUUAUACGAUUGAUAGACAUUCUCUCGCAUUUCAAUCAAGACAGAGGGAACGCCUCAGGUGAAAAAGAGGAUCCGUUAAGUGGCAUCAUCUUCGUCGAUCAACGCUAUGUGGCCUAUACCCUCAACGUUUUGCUAAAGCAUGUUUGUCGAUGGGAUCCGAAUUUCAAGUUUAUUCAGUCUGAUUUUGUAAUUGGAUUCAGUGGUGGGAGUUUCGCAUCUGAUGACAGCCAAGGAUUACACAAACGACAAGCAGAUGUAAUCCGACGUUUUCGACAAGGUGAACUGAACUUAUUGGUGGCAACGAGUGUUUUGGAAGAGGGCGUGGAUGUAAGGCAUUGCAACUUGGUGAUUAAAUUCGAUCGGCCGAUCGACUAUCGAUCGUACAUCCAGUCGAAAGGGCGAGCUCGCAAGCGUGAUGGAGGAGCGAAGUAUUUCAUGUUGGUCGAUGAAUCAGAUAGCUCGAAAUGUUCUGAAGAUCUCCGAGAUUUUGUUAAGAUCGAAAAGAUGCUUCUACGUCGAUGUCAAAGUGUUCACAAUCCAGGUGAUGAUGGAAGUAACGAAGUUGGUCUAGCUCAAAAUGUGGAUACCUUAAUUCCUCCAUAUGUUGUGAAAUCUACUGGUGCGCAAGUUUCCUUGUCUUCAGCGAUAGGGCUAGUGAAUAGGUAUUGCGCAAAACUGCCGUCUGAUAUUUUCACUCGACUUGUUCCUCAAAAUCGUUUGAUAGCUGUGAAUUGUAUGGGAAGAACACUUUACAAGGCUGAGUUGUUACUGCCAAUAAACUCACCUAUAAAGCAACCAAUAGUGUUGGAGACACCUUUGGAAAGUAAGAAGCUAGCGCAAAUGGCUGUGGCUCUUGAGGCCUGCCGCGUUCUUCACCAAGCAGGUGAACUGAAUGACCACUUGCUUCCGGUAGGACGAGAAUCUAUUGCCGAUUUGCUGAGCCAGCUGGACGAAGACCCGGACGAAUGGGCUCCCGGUAUCUCCGCUAAAGUCGGGUCGGCGAGGAGGAAACAACUCUAUGAUAAAAGAGCGCUCCCUGUAAAGGGAGAACCGUGUUAUAUUUAUGUAAUGGAGUUAGAACUGCUCAAAGAACCGUCACCGGAGUCGAAUCCGAAACGACGACGUUUUGCAAAUCCUCUAGAUUACGAGUACUUAUUUGGAUUUUUAAGCUCAAAAGUGCUACCGAAGAUUCCGUCCUUCGCGGCCUAUCUACGUCAAGGAGAUAUGCGGGUGCAUCUCGUUCGUGCUUCUACUCAGAAUCUCACUAUGAUCAAACAUUUUCAUCAUUAUAUUUUCAAAAAUGUGUUACAAUUGUGCAAAGCAAAUUUGGAUUUCCACCUGGAUGCAUCGACACCUAUAAAUACCCUCAUUGUACCUCUCCACAGAAGUCAUGAUAAAUGGGAAUACAGCAUAAACAUGAAAUACGUUGAAGAAGUUGUUCAAAUGAUGGGUGACACCCCAAGAAUACCCAGCGAAGAGGAGCGAAGGAACUUUGUUUUCAAGCCCGAAGACUACAGGGAUGCCGUUGUCAUGCCAUGGUACAGGAAUAUUGAACAGCCGGUAUUUUACUAUGUUGCUGAGAUACUUGAAAAUCUUACGCCAUCGUCACCAUUCCCUGAUGAAGAAUACUCAUCAUUCAACGAGUAUUUCAUCAAGAAAUACAAUUUGGAGAUUUAUGAUCAGAAGCAGAAUUUACUCGACGUCGACUUUACUUCAAAUCGGCUGAACUUACUGCUACCGCGUGCUGGUGGAGGGCGACGAAAGACGGCUGCAGUGAAAUCCGAAGACAACUCUGCUUUGUCACGGCAACGUCAGAUCUACGUUCCUGAACUUAUGGAUCGACACCCGAUAUCGGCGACAUUAUGGAAUUUGAUAUCUGCGUUACCAAGCUUCUUCUACAGGAUAAAUCACCUACUGCUGGCGGAUGAGCUGCGUCAGAAGACCCUAGUGGAUGCUUUAGGAUAUUCCAAAGAGGAUGCCAUUGUACCAGACAAUUAUGAAUGGACACCGCUCUCUUAUCCUGCCACAUACGAGGAGAAACAAUCGCUGAUAGUCACGAAGAUUCAACAACUCAGAGAACAAAAUCGCGCCUCUGAAAUAGCAGCUGGGAAACUCACAAAGGAUCAGAUCGAGGCAGAGCUGUAUUUGGAUAAGAUGGAGAUGUUAGAAGAUCGGGAAAGAGCACAAAAGGAGGAAAUCAUUGAUUUGAUGCAGUUUGAUGAUGGAGAUGAUAUGGAUUGUAGUACUGCGGUUGAGUACUGUUCGGACGAUGAGUACACCCAGUUAGAGAAUGGUGAACGGCAAAAGUAUGAACUCAUCAAUCGAAAACUUUCUGAGGUAAGAGAUUUAGACUAUGAAAAUUCUCAACCAUACCAUAAUCGUUUCUCAUUCGCUUCUGCAUCUAUGUCCUCUACAUGUCUGGUGUCGAAUAAUGGGACAGUUCCAUCAGAAUUUCAUUCUGCAUCUCUUCUUGCCGAAAAUCCUUACGGUGUAUCUCCUCGUUUGCUGUUGACGGCUCUCACUACCUCAAAUGCCAAUGACGGUAUCAAUUUGGAGCGAUUGGAAACGAUAGGAGACUCUUUCCUAAAAUACUCGGUCACCGACUACCUCUAUCAUUCUCAUCCAGACCAACAUGAGGGCAAACUAUCUUUCGCUAGAAGUAAAGAGGUCUCAAAUUGCAACCUUUAUCGACUUGGCAAACGUCUAGGGAUACCAUCGCUAAUUGUUGCCUCCAAGUUUGACGUGUACGACUCUUGGCUUCCUCCGUGCUACAUGCCGAACAACGACUUCAAGGCUCCAAAUUCUGAAGAUGCAGAGGAGCGUGAUAAGUUCAUUGAAGAUGUUCUCGAGGGCAACGAAACUCCGAAACCGGUAACUGGGUGGGAUCAGGCGGACAUGAAUAACGAUGUGCGACAACUGGAGAAUGGUGUGGAGACUAUCAACUUUGCGAAGGUCCAGAUUGAAUUGCCACCCUUACCGUACAAUAUGUUGACGCAACAAUACAUCAGUGACAAGUCGAUCGCCGACGCAAUUGAAGCUCUGAUCGGUGCUCAUCUGUUAACCUUAGGACCUCGGCCUACGCUCAAAGUUAUGAAAUGGCUUGGUCUAAAAGUACUGACGGAUGAUGUGGAAAGUGUCGAUCCUUUGUUAAGCCUUUGUUAUAUUGCAGAGGUUGGUUCCAGGUAUCGUUUCAACAACAAAGCCUACUUACUGCAAGCAUUCACACAUGCUAGCUAUUUCAAGAAUCGAAUAACGGGUUGUUAUCAGCGCUUGGAAUUCCUUGGUGAUGCUGUACUUGAUUACAUGAUCACACGAUAUCUAUUCGAAGAUGAACGACAGUACAGUCCUGGGGUAUUGACUGAUUUGCGCUCGGCUCUCGUAAAUAACACGAUUUUUGCCAGUCUUGCUGUGAAAUACGACUUCCACAAGCAUUUUAUUGCGAUGUGUCCCGGUCUCCACCAUAUGAUCGAGAAGUUUGUGAAACUUUGCAGUGAGCGGAACUUCUUCGAUGCCAACUUCAAUUCGGAGAUGUACAUGGUUACAACUGAGGAAGAAAUUGAUGAAGGUCAAGAAGAGGAUAUCGAAGUGCCGAAAGCGAUGAGUGACAUUUUCGAGAGCGUUGCCGGUGCAGUGUACCUUGAUGCGAACCGUGAUUUGGAUAUUGUGUGGCGGGUGUUUUUCAACUUGAUGAGGCAGACGAUAGAAGAAUGCUGCGCGUAUCCGCCAAGAUCGCCGAUUCGUGAGCUCAUGGAACUUGAACCGGGAAAGACUCGUUUCAGUAAAAUGGAGCGAAUAAUUGAGAGCGGAAAGGUGCGAGUGACGGUGGAUAUUGGAAAUAAGAUGAAAUUCACAGGCAUGGGACGAAAUUAUCGUAUAGCAAAGACGACAGCAGCCAAGAGGGCGCUCAAGUAUGUUGACAUUUGUACGAUUUAA